AUGGCACAUCCUGCCACAAAAGAGCCAGUAAGAAAAGUGAGGAAAAAUGCAGUUAGGCAUAAGGCACUAUCAGUCAAUGAGUUUACAAUGUUUAACAAGAGAAAAGGCACAAGUUCAAUAGCGGAGAACAAGAAAGCAGGACACAGCCAACUACAAAAUAGACAGGACAAGUCUCAGACAGACAAUAAGUUAGAGGUGGAGAUAGGCAGAGAUAGGAAACAGAAGAAAGCCAAGAUGAAUCUCAAAAGGCAGACAUAG